AUGAAUGGACAAUCGAAAACCCCAAGCUGCGAAUCAAAUACAAAAUCAAAGCCUCCACCCCUCUUAGAAGGCGCCAACCAAAAAGCAAGGUGGCGCCCAGAACCGCACACCAAAAGCACAGAAGAAACCAAAAACUACCCAUCGCCACCUCUCACUCCGACCUCGUGCAGGAAGUCACAAAUGCCAAAUGCAACACUCCAAUCCGGUAUCACCAAUGCCAAAAAAGAAAAAACACAUAUAAUGGAGAGCACUGAUAUAGAAACAACCCUCAAAAAUAAGAAUUGGGGGUGUCGAAAUUUCGCCAGGAGAGACCCUCCUCCGGACCAGGUCAACGACCCGCCGCCAGACGAACUCACGAUACUCUGCGAAGUCAAAGUCACACUGAACAAUGCAACAUCCAAGACACCACGUCGACACGAAGCACCGGAAUGCAAACCCGAUGUCCCUAAACGGCCCUUUAAAAAUUCGAAAUUUUCCGACGUGACGAUCUCCGUCGAUGGAAGGGAGACUCAGGCGCACAAGCGCACUCCCGCCGAACAAAACCGCGCCUUCCCGGCAAUGCUCGAGACAAACAUAACGGAAAAACGAACAAGCAACGUGAACAUAAAAGACAUGAAUCACGAAACUAUAGUACUAUAG